UUCGCCGAGUUUAUUUGCACUGAAUAGUAUUAUAUGCUAAUAAUAUAAUAUUCAUUAGUAAAUAAAUAAAUUAUAGCUAUGUUGGAAACGGAAGAUGUUGAUGAUGAUUUUUUUACUCCAAUGUCUAAUACAUCCUUGUCCAAUAUCUUUGGAAGUUCUCCUCGUCACAAUAAAGAGAGUGAAAAUGAGUCAUUGAAAUAUGUACCGCCGAAACCGGUUGACACUACUUCGAAGCCUGCAGAAGACACAAAAGCCACUAAAUGUAUAUUUGCUUGUGUACUUACGGCAUAUGUGUGGACUAAAAAUGAAUAUAUAGCAAAAGGAAAGUUGGGUUUUGCCAUAGUUAAAAUGAUGAAAAACAAUAUACAUAACAUUGUGCUUUACGAUUCUAACAAAACUAAUCUGUCAAGUGCAACUGUCACAUCCAAUUUGGAAGUGACUGUAAAAGGCAAUCUUUACAUAUCAUAUUACGACAAUCUCCGUUGUUAUUGGAGCCUUUGUGGAAAUGAGGAGGACAUGAAAAAAGUAGUGGAUACUUUACAACACUUAAAUGUUACAAUAAAAUUCUUUCAAAAUAUUGAUGAAACUCUUCCAAAACCUGAAAAAGAAAAGGAGAAAAUAAGUGUGGAUGUUCAAAAUGAUACAAAGAAUCAAGAAAGUGACACAGACUCAUCUCUAAAUAGGAAAACUAAACAAUCUAUUCUAGACAGAAUGGCUAACAUGGGGCAUUCAGUUUUGCCACCUCAAGCUGUGCAUACUGAGAAAACUAGUGAUUCCUCGGAUACAAAUGAAAUUGUGAAUCCUCCCAAGCCUAGACAUAAACCAAUUAAAGCUAUAUCAAGAAAGUUUAGCACUGAUAAAAAUACACCUGAGGCUCAUAGUCAAGUUGAGGUAAUUAAAGCAAUGUCUCCUAGAGUUGACCAAUUUACUGAAAAACCACAACUUUAUACUUUAAUUAAUGGGCAACUUGUACCUGUUACAAAUACAAGUUGCCCUAGCAUUCUACCCAGCCCUUCACAAAGUAAUGAUUUGAGUUUAUUCUUAACAGAACAUAGGAUAAGUAACAGUGAGAUGAGGAUGAAUAUGAACAGAACAAGUGAGAAAAUUGAUCUAAUAUUAGACAAGCUUAAAGAUUUGAGCAGUACAGACAUAAGCAAAAGUGGUAACUUUCAGAUUGAAGUAAUGCAAAAACUAUUAAAUGAGUAUGAAAAUAAGAUUGACAUAUAUGAAAAAAUUUUAAAAGGACAGGAUGUACCCAAAACACUUAAUCAAAUACCAAAUGAUGAACAGUACAAAUCAAAAAUAGCAGAACUUGAGAAAGUUAUAGCUGACAAAAAUAAUGAAAUUGUUGAAAUAAAACAAAAACUUUUACAAGAGGCAUGUGAGAAACAAAAAAUUGAAAACACCUUUCAAGAUGAAAUAAAAAACUUGAAAUCGUGUAUAGACCUCAAGGAUAAAGAGUUGGCUACUAUUUCAACAAAAUUAGAAGAAUCUACAUAUAAAGAUGGUAGUAACGAAUUAGGCAGUAAAUUAAAAAGUAUCAUGAAUGAUACCUUCAGAGCCGUUACUGCAAAAUUUGAAAGUAAUGAAAAUUACUCGGGAGAAUCAGUAAAAAAUAUUAUAGGAUCAAUCAUGAAACAAGUCACAAUACAAUCAUUAAAUGAACUUAAUGUAGAAAAAUGAUAAUUAACAAAUCAGCGUUUUUCUACUAUUUUGCUUUAAGUUAAACAGAUGGCGGCUGUCAUCUAAGUAAGAAACUGCAAAAAUCAUCAGAUUCAUUAAUAAUAUUUUUUUAUAAAUAAUUAAGCUAAACGAUUAAUAAUUGUUACAGAAAAUGAUUAUAAAAUAUCGUAUAUAUAUCCUGGUAUCAUGCAUAUUUAAUCUUAUUACAACAAAAUAGAAUUUUGUAUUGGUAAUGAAAACAAUUGCUUAUAUCUUCUGACUUUUUGGUUAUGUUAGUUUGUUAUCCACCUCCAUCAAUGUGACCGACCCAUAGAAACAAAAUAAUUGUCGGCUGGUUGUCACCCUAUGUUUCGCGUUGUAGUUAUACAUUAUGAAUUAUUUAUGGAAAUCAUUUAAUAAAUAUAUAUAUAAUUAAAGAAAAGCCUAAACGAUACUAUGUUGUUCAGUGAAUUAGAUUGGAGGUAUUACAAUGAAUCUUAUAUAUAAAUAUUGGGUAAUUAUGUAAUUUUAUGAUGUUAUAGUAGGUGGCCUAUGCCCAGCAGUAGACGUCUUUCGGCUGACAUUAUGAUGAUACUGGGAACACCAAUAUUUUACAUCAUUAUUAGAACAAAAUGGUGUAGGUGUCUAAUAAAAACUUUAGCAUUUUGUCUAUUCAAUUACCUAUUACUAAAUUACAUCGAAUACUCGAUGCUAAUUUAUCAUUCGAACCAACGUUUUUUAACAUACCGUGCCAGAUGCUAUGCCAAGUAACCGAAUUUUGUUUUGGUUUUUAACGACUUUGCCGUAAUAUUUUUCCUAUUUUAGUUCAAUAGGUUCAUAUUCUAUUGAGUUCAUAAAUUUUCGCGAUUGUUACACAUAGGAAAUGAAACUAUUUUUCCGGAUUUAAAUCGCAUAUAUAUGUUUUUUCAAACAAACCGACGUUUCGGGCCCUUUACAGGUCCCAUGGUCACGGUUGACUUUUCUGGUAGUCCGUAGUAGUUCCGGAAAAAUACUUUCAUUGUCAAUAUGGGAAAGAUUAUAUAAAAAAGAUGAAUGUUAAUUUUAUUAUUUGGAUAAGCAUAAUUUGCCAAUUGCCUUACAAAUCGAUGGCAAUACAAAAAUUUACGCUGUAGUCGU